CCGGGUUCGUGAUGGCGGUGGAUUUGACUCCGAGGUUCAGGAGGCUGAACAGCCAAACCAGAUGUUUUAGAGAAAACAAACACCAAACAGGUGUGACGGGGCCAUUCAGGGCAACACAGCUUUGGCGAAACAUUAUUGGGGCCUUACAGACACAGGUUGAGGUCAAGCGUCGCCGCCAGCACUUGCGAGUGCACAGAGAGUGCUUCACUGGUUCUGAUGCUGUCGAUGUGGUGCUCAGCCAUCUCAUGCAGAACAUCUAUUUCUGCUCCAGUGAGGUGUCCCGCCUCAAGGCUGCAAGGCUUUGUCAGGCUCUCAUGGACGCACGAGUGUUCGAACCUGUUGGAAUGAAGCUCUUUCGCAGGGAGAAGGAGAUGGCCUUUGAGGACUCCAGCUGCAGCCUGUACCACUUUCUGGAUUGUGACGCCCUUCCUGGAUCAGCCAAGGGUGGUGGCAAUGUGGAGAACGAAACACCAGUGAAAGAAAAUGGAAAGAAAAAGAAGGGGUCCAGGUUUGAUGGUGUGAGAACCAUCUCUAACCCCUUGGCACAUGGAUCCUCAGACAGAAGGGUGGAGAGAAUACUGCGGACAAUUAACCUCCAGCCAUCCAUGCCCUCUGGUCUAAAUCAUGCUGGCUUAUCCUCCACUUACCUCUCAAAGAAAGUGGUGCAGGAAGUGUGGAAACAGCAGACUCUCCUCCAGCUGCUACAGUUGGUGGAGUUGCCCAUGCUGGACUGCAUUCUGACCUCACCAGCAAAACCUGAGCUGCUUCGCAUGCCCUUGCAUCGUAACCACGAAGACUUGGUCAUCUCCAACACCUGUGUGGACCGGGAGGUGUCUCAGGUCCUCAACCUGCCAGAAAUGGACUCAUGGCUGAUGGCAGCUGCGGACUGUCUGGAGCUGUUCCCAGAUCAACUGAUAGUGGCAACAGGAGAGCAGCUGCUCCAAGAAGGUGGUAUAGAGGGUGAAGAGAGGCUGGGAGUCCAGAAGAAGCUACUGUUUGACACCAUAGCUAAGUACUACAGCAGUCAGGAGAGAAUGCCCUUAUUGGCUGGACGUUACAUGGACAUCCACACAGGCAUCCUUAAACUGUUAGACUGUGGGAGGAGUGAGGAUGCUCUGAGAGCAUCCCAGCUCUGUCUGCGUCUGUUGGACACCAGCUCUAGAGAUGAGCUGCGCAGACUGCUAACCUUCAUGGCUGAAGCUGCAGACUCCAAGGCCUUCAAACUGCACAAACAGAUAGAGAACAGGGCCUUGGUCAACAGGAUGUUUGUGAAGGCUGUGCUUCAGAGUAAAGAUGUUGGUCGUGCACAGUGUGAGCAGCUGUUAUUGUUUCUCAUGGACAACCAUGUAGACCUGUUCAAGACACCAGUGUCCCUGAUUGAAGCGGUGAGGAAGGCCCUUCAAACCUUGCAGCAAGGGAGGGAUCCAGAUAACGUAGCCCUGUUCGUGUUCUGUCAGCAGGUGUCAAUGAAGCAGUAUGAGGAGCAGAGAGAGAAGGCCACCUUUGACAGCUUAAAGGAGCUUAUUGACAAUAUCACCCUCAGUAACGACCUGUCUGCCAAAGAGAGGAGGCGACUCAUCAAGGAGUUCCAGAAACACCACCCAGCAGUGUUUCUCCAGCAUUUCUCCUCCACCUUCUAGAGAGAAGCACAGACACAGCCGGGUACUUUUUCCAUUAGAAAACGUACAGUUAUAU